AGUACCUUCUCUUAUUCUCCAAGCAUGCUCUCGUUUGUACAAAAAAUAAUAAUAAUAACAAUAAAUUAAUCAAGCUCAAAUUAGAUUUUAACUUCCCAAAAUGGAGUUUAAUUGAGCCCAACUCUUUAUGGCUCUAUGCUUUUGCUGGCGAGACUUUUUUUCUAUUUUAGCAGUGACAGCCAAGCUACACGGUGACAGCCGAAAUAAAAAAAGACCAAAAUAAGCUAAAGCCGGAAGCUCCUUCGCACCUGCCCUUACUAUUACCCUACUCCUUCGCUUGCUCUCCAGUUGUGAAUGCAGAUGGUUCUAUUUUUAGCCUGACAUGCGUCUGUUCUUGGAAACGUGGAUAUGGGAACCCCUAGUGUUUUGUGGAGUAUUGCAAAGAAGUCUUUCACGGUUGGGCUUGUUACUGUUACAGUUUCAGAUCGAUUUGCCAGUAUAGUUCCAGUCCGGGGUGCCUCAAUGUCUCCCACAUUUAAUCCCAAAACCAAUACCUCGCUUGGUUCUUUGAGUGAUGAUUAUGUUCUGGUGGAGAAGUUUUGCCUUAGAAAUUACAAAUUUUCACAUGGAGACGUGAUAGUUUUCUGCUCUCCAAAUGAUCACAAGGAGAAACAUGUGAAGAGAAUUGUUGGCUUACCAGGUGACUGGGUGGGGACUCGUUACGAUGUGGUGAAGAUUCCAGAAGGACAUUGUUGGGUUGAGGGGGACAGCUCAUCUUCCAGCAAGGACUCGAGGUCUUUUGGUCCUGUUCCUUUGGGUUUGGUUAAUGGGAGGGCCACCCACAUUCUGUGGCCUCCACAUAGAGUGGGCAGCAUUGACAGAAAAGUUGCUCAAAACAGAGUUUCUUCCUCCUAAUUGCAUCUGAACCACAUAUCCCAUUUUGCAAUGGAUUAAUUUACAAUUUCCUUUUACCCUCUUUUUAAGCAGUUGCCAAAUGCCAAGGCAGAAUUCUUUCAUGGACAAGUAAUACAAGCAAUUCCAUGCAAAUUUUCACAUUCUGCUGAUCUCUUGUUGGUAUUUUACCUUGCUUGUUUAUUCCUAAUUAACAUCAUUUAAGAAUUCUCACUUAAAAAUUUUUUGUACCAUAUUGUUUCUGUUUUUGUUGCUGUCAAGCUGGUUAGAUUUCGAAUAAGAUUACAUUCAAAUUAGAUUUGAAGAAUUUAUAUUUAUGAGGGGCCUUGCUUAGAGUUUAAGUCUAACUUUGGGACAUUUCCAUGCCAUGCUCUUAUCAUAUUUAUGAUUUUAGCCUCAAAAUUACUCAUUCGUGGUUUGGUGAGGACAAGGGUCUUAUGGAGCUGCGGAUGAUGAUCAUA